AUGUUGUCAGGAAGGCUAGCGAAGUGGAUGUUGUUGUUGUCAGAAUACGCAAUUACAUAUGAGCCAGUGAGAUUAGUAAAAGGGCAGGCAGUGGCAGAUUUUCUGGCGGCCCAUCCUGUGAUAGAUAGCAAAGCCAUCUUCGAUGAGUUUCCCAACGAGCAAGUCAUGAUGAUAGAAUUGCCAAAUGUAUGGCAAAUGUUCUUCGAUGGAGCAGCCCAAGCAAUAGCAGCAAGUGCUGGAGUGAUAUUCAUCACCCCCCAAAGCAAUUUGUUGCCAUACUCUUUCACUUUGGGCACCGCAUGCAGAAAUAACGAAGCUAAAUAUAAUGCCCUUAUCAUUAGGAUGGAAACAUUUCAAAUUUAUGGGGAUUUUAAGCUGGUCAUAAAUCAGUUGACGACUGAGUUUGAAACAUGGAAACAAGAACUUCUGUCAUACUGUCGAAGGGCGCAGCGUCUAUUGGAACAAUUCCUGAAUGUUGAAAUCAAGCAUAUACCAUGGUACGAGAACGCAAAGAGCGAUGCUUUGGCUAGUUUAGCAACUAUGCUAUCUUGCCCAGAUUGA